AUGAUCAGAGUGUGUGAAGUAUUCGGUUGUAAAAUAACAGAAGGUCAAGGAGUAUGUAUGCAUGGAUUUCCAAAACAUGUGGAACAGCAAAAUGCUUGGGUUUUUUGGACUACUCUGAACAGGCCUGGUUGGAAUCUGAAAUCUAAUAGCAGAGUGUGUGAGUUACAUUUUGUUCCUGAGGAUUAUGUGCACACAAGGCAGGAAAAUCGAAGGCUUAAAACAUGUGCCAUUCCCUCCUUGCAACCUAAACAAAUUGAAGAUGGCGAGAAUCUUUAUAACAUAAAACUUGUACGAAGAUUCCGACAAAAUACACAACCUUUUCAAGACAUAACAAAUAUUAAUAAGAAAACCAAAAGAAUCAUACUUUGGUUAUCUGUGUUUUGUGUGUCAGGAGAAUAA